GAUUUCAGCAUCCUCACCUGCCGUCUGUCAAGCUGAAGGAAGACUUGUCUCGCUUGGGGACGACAACACAGCAACUCCAGGGCAGGACAGCAGGUGUGUAUUCGGCCUGUGAGCAGUGAUGGGGGACUGGAGUCUCCUGGGGAAUUUCUUAGAGGAGGUCCAGGAACACUCCACGUCAGUGGGGAAGGUCUGGCUCACCGUCCUCUUCAUCUUCCGCAUCCUGGUGCUGGGCACAGCAGCUGAGUCCUCCUGGGGCGACGAGCAGAGCGACUUCCUGUGUGACACGCAGCAGCCCGGUUGUACCAAUGUGUGUUACGACCGCGCCUUCCCCAUCGCACACAUCCGCUACUGGGUCCUGCAGAUUGUCUUCGUGUCCACGCCCUCCCUCAUCUACAUGGGUCACGCCAUGCACAUAGUGCGCAGGGAGGAGAAGCGCAGGAGAAAGGAGCAGGAGGAGAGGGAGGAGAGAGGGGAGGGCGGGGGAGACCUGGAGGGGGAGAAAGAGUACCUGCAGCAGAGGGAGAGCGGGAAGGAGCUGAAGUCUGACGCACCUGGAAGUAUUCGCCUGAAAGGGGCAUUGCUGCAGACUUAUAUCCUGAGCAUCAUCAUCCGUACGGUGAUGGAGGUGACUUUCAUUGUGGUGCAGUACCUGAUCUACGGGGUGUUCCUCAGGGCACUGUACCUCUGCAAGGCCUGGCCCUGCCCCAACCCCGUCAACUGCUACAUGUCCCGGCCAACGGAGAAGAACGUCUUCAUCGUCUUCAUGCUGGUGGUGGCCGGCGUGUCCCUGCUGCUCUCCGUGGUGGAGCUCUACCACCUUGGCUGGAGGAGGGUGAAGAAGUGCAUACGCAACAGGGCUGCCCAGAAGAACAGCCAGAGAACUGUGGCUGUGUCUGCGGCCUUGGAGCCCAACAGCCCUCCUCGGCCCUCCGCCUCCUGCACGCCCCCUCCUGACUUCAGCCAGUGCCUGGCCGCUCCAGGCUCCAUGAAUCCCAUGACCUCUAUGACCUCCUUGGCCUCUCAUCCCUUCAGCAACAGGAUGGCGCUGCAGCAGAACUCGGUCAACUUGGCCACGGAGCGCCACCACAGCCGCGACCACCUGGAGGACGAGGCAGACUUCCUGAGGAUGACCUACGACCAGACGCCAGCAGACAUGCCCAACGGCUGCUCCACCUCUCCUUUGCUGCCUGCCAGCUACACGAGGGACAAACGGCGCCUGAGCAAGACCAGCGGUAGCAGCCGGGUUCGCCAAGAUGACCUGGCAGUAUAGAUUUAAAACUAGAGAGAGUGGCUGAGGGUGGGAGAGAUGGACCUUCACAGUCAGGAGGAAAGAUCAGUUUAGGCAGAUGUGUAAAAGGAGAUGGAGGGAUCAGUCAGUGGCUCAGUGACCACAGGGAAGGUAUCAACCUCUGAAGCCUGAACCAGGCAACUGUGGAUGUUCUAAAGGUCCUCGCAGAAACAAACAGUGACACUGGGUGAGCUCUGUGACUGGAUACAGUUUGUGAAAAAAGGCUGUCACUAAGCUUGAAAAACAGACAACUGAACUGAAAAUAGAAAAGAAAAAAGAAAAAAAAAACACAGAACGGGGUAAAAACUGUGAUACCUGACAUUUGCACAAUGUAUAUUUUUGAUAAAGUUGUCCAGUUAUAUCAGCAGUAAAAGCCAAAAAACAGAGAGAGAGAGAGAGAGAGAGAGAGAG